CACUCCUCCCCCCUGGAGGAUUAAGCGUAAUCAACCCACCCCACACAGCCACCGUAUAUGUAUAUAUACCCCGAUGCGUCCAGCCAAAGCCGCUGGUGGGAGGCCGGCCGGGUAAAGGUAGUAAACCGUCGCAGCGCGCGGAGUCCCUCCAUCUCCAUCCGGCGACCGACCAACCGACCUAGACUAGACGCGGCCGGCCGGGCAUGGCGAGGCCGGGGUGGGGCUCGCUGUUCGGCUGCUUCAGCAGCAGCAGCAGCUCCCGCGGGGACGGUAAGAAGAAGCAGGGCAAGGGCAAGGGAAAGGGCGCCGGGAAUAAGAUGAAGAAGAAGCAGAAGAGCAAGCAGCAGCAGAAGGUAGCGGCGGGGAGCGGCGGCGGUAGCCGGCCGCGGUCGCUGCAGAGCCGGAUGUCGUUCACGGAGCUGAGCCUCAGCGGGAUGGUGUCGCCCGAGGACCUGUCGCUCUCGCUCGUCGGCUCCAACCUCCACGUCUUCACCAUCGCCGAGCUGCGCGCCGUCACCCGCGACUUCUCCAUGACCCACUUCAUCGGCGAGGGCGGCUUCGGCCCCGUCUACAGGGGCUACGUCGACGACAAGACCAAGCGGGGGCUCGCCGCGCAGCCCGUCGCCGUCAAGCUGCUCGACCUCGAGGGCGGCCAAGGACACACCGAAUGGCUGACGGAGGUCUUCUUCCUGGGACAACUGAGGCACCCUCACCUCGUGAAGCUGAUCGGCUACUGCUACGAGGACGAGCACAGGCUGCUCGUCUACGAGUUCAUGACCAGGGGCAGCCUGGAGAAGCAUCUCUUCAAAAAGUACGCGGCGUCGUUGCCUUGGUCCACACGGCUGAAGAUCGCCAUUGGCGCUGCCAAAGGGUUGGCCUUCCUCCAUGAAGCCGAGAAGCCGGUCAUCUACCGGGACUUCAAGACCUCCAACAUCCUGCUGGACUCGGAUUACAAGGCGAAGCUGUCGGAUUUCGGUCUAGCCAAAGACGGGCCGGAAGACGACGAGACGCACGUGUCGACCCGGGUGAUGGGGACCCAAGGAUACGCCGCGCCGGAGUACAUCAUGACGGGCCACUUGACGGCGAAGAGCGACGUGUACGGCUUCGGCGUGGUGCUGCUGGAGCUGCUGUCGGGGCGGAAGGCGGUGGACAAGAGCCGCCCCCCGCGGGAGCAGAACCUGGUGGAGUGGGCGCGGCCGUACCUGACGGACGCGCGCCGCCUGGACCGCGUCAUGGACCCCAGCCUGGUGGGCCAGUACUCCAGCCGGGCCGCGCACAAGGCCGCCGCCGUGGCGCACCAGUGCGUCGCCCUCAACCCCAAGUCCCGCCCACACAUGUCCGCCGUCGUCGAAGCGCUCGAGCCGCUCCUCGCGCUCGACGACUGCCUCGUCGGGCCCUUCGUCUACAUCGCACCGCCGGAGACGACGACCGCCAACGGGGACGAAGCGGCGCCGGUGAGUAGUAAUAAGGAAGGAUCCGGCAGACGAGGAGGCCGGAGGAGGUCGUCAGGCGAAGGCGCGGCCGUCGUGCGGCCAGAGGAGUGAUGUUCCCUCUUCCGUCCGUGCUAUGACGACGAUGAUAAUAUGGGUGGAUUUACUAGCUUCCACGUCUUGUACGUGACCGGACUGUUGUUGCCUGUCGCGUGCAUGCAGCUUGGCUGAGAUAUAUCUAUCGAUCGAGCAGCUAUACGAUCGGUGGAAGUUAACGUCUUCGUUUGUGUGAUUGAAAGCAUCCAGCUGGUUGCGUGUUUUAGAGAGAACUCUAUAGAUUGAAUUUGUUGCAUAUACAGUAAUCUAACCAAACUUCUCUAUUUUUAUAGAUCUAAAACGACUUGUA